AUGUGGGUGGUUAAAGACAUGUGGCUGCUUGAUUAUACAUUUUGCGCGCUGAGUCUGUAUCAAAAAGUACGGGCACAGAAACCAAGAGCAGGUCGCUCUCAGACGAGCACCGGUCCAGCACUUGACUGCAGAAACGUCAAAGAAGAAAGAGUGGAGAGGAAAGGAAAAGGAAGAAAAGCAAGACAGGGGCAUGAGAAGGGAAAGGAGGAGGAGGAGGAGGAGGAGGAGUGUGUUCACAUGCGGAGGCGGCAGGCAGCUCAUGCUGGCUGGUAUUCUUGA